CAUUGAUUUCCGGAAGUGGCGGGCCAUAGCCCAUUCCCACGGCACGUCCGUCCUUCUCAGCUCGACAAGAGCCGGACGCAGACAGACGUUUCCAAAGAAGUGGAUAAAAAUUUUGGACUGCGACGUCGAAAUGCAUAGAAACUGGCUGCAAUUUUCAGAAUCAGAAUUCAACAGCCUUGCGCGCGAGUGGGGGGAACAAAAGUUUUAUUGGUCCGCAAACGUCAACGAGGGCCAUUAUACAUGUUAGCUGCAUGAUUGUGCACAACUCUAACCUCAGAGAGGAUGAGUGAUGGGACCGCGGCCACAGGCCCGGUGGUUCGUCAGCUGAGCGAGUGAGAGCGGAUGCCGAAAGGAUCACACGACACCAGGCUGCGUAGAGACCACAGGCCACUCCCAUUGACAAGAUGACCCCCUUUCUUGCGUUCUUCCUUGCGUUUGUUGCGACCUUUGCAGGACAACGAAUAAAGGCUGCGCAACAUCAGCCAGGAAGAUUUUUGGACAGCAGGAGAAUUACACCACCGCAACAGGACGAGCAUAUUAAUUCGGCUAGUGGUCUAACGCUUUGCGGAUCCUGCGCGCACGAAAGCGACAGCGACAACGAGAGCAGCUGGUCAUCAACAGAUGACGAAGAGGAGGUGUCUGGACCUACCUCAUCUACAACUCCAUCUGAAAGAGGAGCACCUCCACCUCCAGCCCUGUUGGUACCUGAUCCAUGAUGUCACUUGGGUAGAAUUUGCUAUGUCGUGGCGGAACACAAACUUCUUCCCAAAUCCCCAAAGCGCUGGCGCCCCUCGACGGCUGCCAGCUUUUUUACUUCGUAUGUUCUCAAAAGGUCACACCCUUCACAGUGGUGGAACUCCGGCUCUGUAUAAGUAAAGGCGUAUCUGCGCUGCUUCGCAGCGUCUUGUGUACUUCUACUAGAUACAGCAGCGAGGCGUGCAGCAGGGACCGCGCCGCGACGUCCGCGCCACAGAGGUGGCUACGGGCGUCGCACUUGUCCGCCCACAGACGUGGGUCGAACCGUGCUCCAGCACUGCAACGAGAGGUCGCAGCGCCGGGUGCAACAGAGGCUGCAACAGGUCGGGUAUCGCGUGGCCCAAACCUCCAUCCGAAGUCGCCGCCCUGUGGCCCCUUGUCCGCCACGCGUAUCCCGCCGGCUUUGUCGCGUCUACAGGGUGGCCCACCGGCUGUCGUGUCUCGUCGCAUUGCGCCACACCACCGGGGACAGAGAUCGGAGCCCGAUGUCGUAUGCACCUAAGCCGCGCAGCUCCUAACUAAUCCACGCGCCACAGAGGUGGCUGCAACUAUGCUCGGCUGGUGUGGUGUCAAUCGUCCUCGGAAAUGCAAACAGUUCUAAAUCAUGCGUAAACGUAUGUAGUUGCUCGUUGGCAGAGUGCGUGCGCAUAAGCAGAUCGAAACAUGCAAAACCCACCCCGUUCACAGCCUCACGUCCUAGAUCCUUACUAGCCUGCCAGAGUGCGCACAGAGGUGCAUCAACCAACAGGGGUUCCGGCUGAACCAGUGGCACAGAUGGUGCCUACCGGUAUGGGACGGCAACACUGAAUGGUGUACCUCGUUGAACUUUCGUUCAGGUUUGAGUCGUACGACUCGCGCUCCAGUCGCCCAGGACGCACCUGCAUUAGCGACCAGCGUCAUCAGCUUCGCCAUAUCGGUACGUGACCUUAACGUGCGCGCGCGUGGCAGUCGCGGGAGGUUGGGCCCCUCCCCACCUGCUCUCGCUGACCGUCCGCUUGGGCAUCGGUCACGGGCAAAUUCCGAUGGUUGUCGGAAUUCUGUGUACAAAAAUGGGACCACAGAGGUGGUUAGCCCAUUCCGGCCCUCACGAGGUUCGCGCUGGCGCUGCGCGACCUAGUCCUACUUGUGAUGCCUAGAAUGUGAUGUCUUGAGUUCGUUGGAUAGAUUGAGAAUGAAUUAGGUACCUUGUGGGCGGCAGGAGCGCACGGCGCACGAAUCUACAACUCCAUCUGAAAGAGGAGCACCUCCACCUAUGUCUUCAACGGUCGUUAGCGUACAGAAGUGUGAAUUUGCAGUGAAUUUGUAUUGCAUGACUUGCAUUUACUUAAAAGAGAAGAGCGCUACGUAUGGACACGAGCCCAAGCAUACCACAUAGCCUGAAGGGCUGCUCGUCGCGUGGUGGCGCUUGCAGCACCAAAAGAGGUGGUCUUGCGGGGGCUCGCCGGGCUGUGUAGUGCGUAUCUAGCGACCAGAGAAGGUGGGUCGGGGGGCUCUUAUUCUUCUGCGCGUCUGCCUCAGAAGUUCCUCUCCGAAAUGGUCGAAAGGGAGGGCGACGCCUGAACACAGGGGCACUAGUUCAACAUGUAUGCUCUCACGAGUUGUGGUUGGCUCGGCUUGGACUUGGAUAUCUGGGAGCAGCCUCGGGUGGAAGGGGAGGCACGAUUCGGCCGCGGACGCUAGCUUGCUUCGCCUGCUGUGCUCUGCUCACAACUCCCCACGUGUCUUUUUGCCUCCGGAGCAAGUCUUAUUCGACGUGAUCCCCAGGUCAAGAAUUCCCUUGGUGAAUUUUGGGACUUUUUGUUUUGGCGACACUUUGUUGAAGCCCCAAAACCCGGAGUUUCUCACGCGCUAGCGAAUUUUGAAAAGGAGCCGGAGGACAAAAUUCACCGGCGUCCUUUUCAAAAUUCACCCCAAAAUUCACCGAGCGCCACUUUUCGACCGUGAUAAGCAAAGUUUAGCGCAGAAAAGUGCUCAAAAAAACGCACAAGUAGACCCUGGGAAGUGGGGCCGAGGGGAAAAGACAGGCGCCCGCUGUUGCCCUAAGCGCCUCUAUAUUCUGCCGAAAAGGCCUGGAGAGUUCACGCGCCUGCCGGAUAGACGCGUCAAAGCUCUCGGCCGGGUCCUUUCGCCUUUGCUUCCGCGCCUUCAUCUUGCCUAAACUGCGCUUAUGUGCUUCGCGGCUCUUGUUUUUGGCGUGUUUGCCGCGGCUGCUGCAGUGCUUGCUCUUUUGCAAGCACAGGAAGACGAAACUCACAUGGCCAAAGAAUGACGCCCAGGCCAUGUCCAGCUGCCCGCCGCAUAAGCCUGGACAACUAACUUCUGCGGUGUGCAGAACCCACUUCCCAGAAGAGCAAAAGGGACAAUGUCCCGGCAGUCUCCUCUGCUAUUUGUCAUGCAAAAUUCACUACAAACUCACCACUUCUCAUGCUAACGGGUGUUAAAGCUCUAACGCAUCUACAACUCCAUCUGAAAGAGGAGCGCCUCCACCUCCAGUAGCUCAUGCGCACGCGGAAACAGGAGUUUCAAUCAUACGGUCCGCACAGCGCUCUCGUGAAGUAGAGUGUUCAACACGCAAAAAAGCAGCACCAAACGACCAAGCGGUUGAUGACUUCAAGAGUGACGACGACUCCGCUGCUGAGGCAAUUUCCACGCUCGAGGAUACUAUUAGCGACAAUGAUGAUGGUGACUGUACUAGUCCCUUACAGUGGAGCGUGGGGAAGAUGAUCACUGGAAAACUUUGCGGCGCAGUUUCUACUACACCAUCACGGCCACAACUGCUGCACGAAGUGGAAAAAAAUCCAACUGACACGACUAGUAGAAACAGCGUCAACUACGAUGUUGUUGAUGAAGGUGACGAUGAGUUUAUCACCCUGCGCGGGUACCACGGCACCGGGUUGCUCAACGUUCCCUGGAUUCACCUCCUCGGCUUCCACCCGUCUGCCACCGGCUUCUACGGCCCGGGUCUGUAUCUCACCAAUACCCUCGCGACCGCCGAGCACUACGCGGCGAAGCACUGCCCUUUGCCGAUCACCUUGCUGGUGACCUUUCGGGUUCGGAAGGACAGGCUGUAUUACGACGUGCUGUUGCGCGGGGGAGGAGCAACAGCACCCCCUGGCGGAGAAGAAUUUUUAGGAAACAACAUCACUACAACAGAUGAAAACUACGCAAGCAGGAGCCCAGCAAGAAGACCUAGUAAAAGAAUUUUGGCAAACUACCGGGAAGUUUCUCCAACUCCGAAAAGGUCGCGACGGUCGGUACGCAGCAGAAUUGUGUCGCCGCAGCACGACGGAAAGGGAAGUACGAGCACUACUAGUACUGCUACCUCCCAGUCGCAGUCCCACCGCCGGAGGACCUCUACCUGCGUGACGUUUCCGGAGUAUGGACGGAGAUACGAUGUGCUUUUCCGGGUGAAUCAGAUUCUGGUCCAGCCAGAGAAGGUAGAAAUUCUCGACGUGCACAUGGUACACGGUACGGCGCUAUCAAAUGUAAAAAUGUCUGGGUCUGGAAGAUUCCGAGAUUUGUCAUGCAGUCCACCAAGUCUGGAAUGCAGGGCAUAGCAUCACAGGUUCUGCAGCCCCUUGCUGAUGCCCAUUAUGCAUGAGAAAUGCCCUCUGAGCAUGGCGAGAAAUGGGGACCUUUUGCAAGUCAUGCAACACAGAUUUUUGUAUCAUCCGCAACACGCAUCACAAGUUCGCAUUCUUCCAGACCCAGACAUUUUUACAUUUGAUAGGCGCUAGGUGUCAGACUUCACAGCUACUUGUGGAAUCGCAGUCCAAAUCUAACGGAAGAGAAUUUGGAAAAAUUGGGUUUCGCGAGGGAAGAAAUAGAAAGCGCUGUGGCGUGAAGAUUUAUUUUGGGGAAGUUGGUCAGCCGGCCCUUGGUCUUGCACAGUCGUCGCGGAUGUUUUUCAGGCUACUAGGGUUGCGAAUGGUCGCUCCAACUGUGUGUUUGCAUGAUGAUGCUGCACUAGCGGAUGGUGUAGCUAGAGGCGGACCUUCCAAAUUUUUCCAGCAGGCUCUCUUCUGAUAAGUGGAUAUGUAAAGAUAGAAACUCUGUCGUCUGAUUAAAUGCAAAGACUGGUUUCAUCACAGGUCGGUGUUGUAAGUUAAGUACUUCUAAGAGUAAAUGAUCUACAAUGCGUAUGCGUGCUAGCACUAGGCCAUGUAUUAAUUAAGUAGGACAAGGUGGAAUGAAAGUAAACGGUCCGGCGUUCUAGUCUGCAAAACGAACAGGAGUUGUACAAUGAUAUCAGAUAAUAUAAUCGGCCGCACCCAGCCUUGAGGGUCGAAGUGUGGCAUUACCGAGCUUUGCUUGCCAAUUGCCUGUUCGUCUGCGGACGCGUUGAUGUGUUCCGCGAUUCAAGC